CAUGAUCUCAGUUGGGUCUGGACACAACAGUUCUGGGUCCUGCUAAGCCAGCUGGUCUGGCUUGCGCGCCUCCUUCAACUUGUUUGACACAAGGAAGCCUAACAACGAGCCCACAGCUGGACCUGGCGGGACGACUUCUUCCCGGCGAAGACGACGCAGCGGCGAGCGACGUGAGGAUCAGCUGGACGUAAUUUUAAAGACGGCAAGGACAGGAAGUGUUCGCGCGGGCCGUGGAGAUCAUCGCCGCUGGACGGACUGUUGGCGGGAAAGUCAUGCCGCUUUGAGCCGCGCAGUAGAAUUGAAGAGUGAAAAGUGAGCCGAGGACAAACAAGCAAGAGACUACAAAGCGAGCGGCAAAGAUGGGGAGGAAAAAGAUUCAGAUAGCUCGCAUUGUGGACGAGCGAAACAGACAUGUGACCUUCACCAAGCGUAAGUUUGGGCUGAUGAAGAAGGCGUACGAGCUGAGCGUCUUGUGCGACUGCGAGAUCGCGCUCAUCAUCUUCAACAGCACCAACAAGCUCUUCCAGUACGCCAGCACCGACAUGGACAAGGUUCUGCUCAAGUACACCGAGUACAACGAGCCUCACGAGAGCAGAACCAACUCUGACAUCGUGGACACGCUGCGUAAGAAAGGCUUAAACGGCUGCGACAGUCCCGACAUCGAGGCCGACGACUCUGCGGGUCAGAGCCCCGAGGCGGACGACAAGUAUCGCAAGAUCAACGACGAUAUCGACCUGAUGCUCAACAGACAGCGAAUCUGCGGGAUGCCCGCCUCCAGUUACGACAUGGGCGUGGCCCUCCCCGGCGGGAACCCCUCUGGGCUGCUGUACUCCCAUCCGGGCCUCGGGGGCGCUGUAGGCAACCACAGUCUGCUUCCCAUACAUCACCCCUCCCUGCAGAGGAACAGCAUGUCCCCCCAGCGGCCCCCCAGCACUGGAGACACAGGCAUGCUGGGUUCGGAGCUGCCGAGCACGGUGGUCAGUGUGGGAAAUGGAGGCUACAGCACCCAGUGCCCUUCCCCCUCCUCGCUCAUGUCCCCAGGGGGAGUGGCCAAGGCCAUCCAGGACAAAAGCCCUCCUCCACCCAUGAGCAUGAGCCGCAAGCCCGACCUCCGACCCCUAAUGGCGGCCACCAGCAAGUGCGGCAACAUGCCGAGCGUUUGUGAGGACUUUGACCUCAUGCUGAACCAGAGGAUCAAUCACUCGCAGACCGCGCAGACGCUGACGAGCCCGGCCGUGUCCGUGUCGGCCCAGUCUCUUCCCGGCGGGGGGAUGGGCGGGUACCCGUCCUCGUUGUCCUCUUACGGCACAGAGUUCUCCCUGGGCGGAGACCUCUCCUCCUUGUCUGCCUUUGGAUCUACUGGUCUGGGAUCAGUGAGCGGCUGGCAGCAGCAGCAGAUCCAGAACCUCCAGCACUCGCCGCUGGGACACAUGGGAAACUUAUGCCACAACUCCAAUCUCAGCUUCCCGUCCGGACACCAGAACCUGCACAUCAAGUCUGAGCCGGCGUCCCCUCCCAGAGACCGCGGCGCCGCCAUGGUGGGCACCAGGUUGGGAGGCGGGGCCACGCUGGCGGGCCACUCCCCGGCCAACAGCGCGUCCAGCUGCGGGAGCUCGUACGAAGGGGGCGGCGAGGAGCACGACGACAACUUCCUCUUGCGGCCGUCCGGCCAGGACGACCGCCACAGCCCGUCGGUCAAGCGCAUGAGGCUCACCGAGGGCUGGGCCACAUGA